UCUCUUUCCUUAUAUCCCCCCUUUCCCCUUCUCUCUCUCCUCCCCCAUUACCUCCCCUCUUCUCCUCUCUCUCUCUCUCUCUCUCUAUAUAUAUAUAUAGAGAUCUCCGCAAUCUCCGUAGCCAUUGUUGUUGCUGUUGAGGAGGAGGAGCACGCGCCGGAGCACGCUAGGGCACCGUCGAAGAUGUCGGCUUUCUCCGCCGUGAAGAUCCUCCACGCCCACCCCUCCCUCGCCGUCCGAUCCUCCGCCGCCGAGAGCAGCAGCAACAAGCCCAAACCCUCGUUCCCCUCCUCCCCCUCCUCGCCCUUCAACAGCACCAAUCCCUCGUCUUCGUCGUCUUCUUUGAGCUCUUCGCCUCUUCGUGGGAAUCGCCGUCGCCCGAUCCUCGCCGUCUCCUCCGAUGUCGUCAGCAAGAAGCAGCAGCAGCGGCCGCCCCUCGUCGCCACUCCGGCGGUGACCCGCGAGGAAUCGUUGGAACUCUACGAGGACAUGAUCCUCGGCCGCACUUUCGAGGAUAUGUGUGCGCAGAUGUACUACCGUGGCAAGAUGUUCGGCUUCGUCCACCUCUACAACGGCCAAGAAGCUGUCUCCACCGGCUUCAUCAAGCUUCUCUCCCGCGCCGACAGCGUUGUCAGCACGUACCGCGACCACGUGCACGCGCUGAGCAAGGGGGUUCCCGCACGUGCCGUCAUGGCCGAGCUCUUUGGCAAGGCCACUGGUUGCUGCCGUGGCCAGGGCGGCUCCAUGCACAUGUUCUCGGCCGAGCACAACCUCCUCGGCGGCUUUGCCUUUAUUGGCGAAGGGAUCCCUGUCGCCACUGGUGCGGCAUUCACUUCCAAGUACCGUUAUGAAGUGCUUAAAGAGUCGAACCCUAAUGGUCUCGAUGUUACUUUGGCCUUCUUCGGCGAUGGGACUUGUAACAAUGGCCAGUUCUUCGAGUGCCUUAACAUGGCACAGCUUUGGAAGCUGCCGAUCGUGUUUGUUGUGGAGAAUAAUCUGUGGGCAAUCGGGAUGUCACAUUUGAGGUCUACUUCGGAUCCAGAGAUUUGGAAGAAGGGGCCUGCGUUCGGGAUGCCGGGUGUGCAUGUGGAUGGGAUGGAUGUUCUUAAAGUCAGGGAGGUGGCGAAGGAGGCGAUUGAGAGGGCACGGAGAGGGGAAGGACCAACGCUCGUGGAGUGUGAGACUUAUCGGUUCAGGGGGCAUUCGCUCGCCGAUCCGGAUGAGCUUCGCAAACCCGAUGAGAAAGCUCACUAUGCCACAAGAGAUCCCAUCACGGCCUUGAAGAAGUACAUCCUCGAGCACAACCUGGCGAGCGAGUCCGAGCUGAAGACCAUCGAGAAAAAGAUCGAUGAUGAGAUCGAAGAGGCCGUGGAGUUUGCCGACUCGAGCCCUCAUCCUCCUCGGAGUCAGCUUCUGGAGAACGUGUUUGCCGAUCCCAAGGGUUUCGGUAUUGGCCCUGAUGGUAAAUACCGCUGCGAGGAUCCCAAGUUCACACAAGGCACUGCUCAAGUCUAAGAAAGAGGUUUGAAAGAAGCCACUUUAAUGAAACAACAAAUGCUUGCUGGACUGAUGUGAUCCACAAAGUUGAGCGAACCCCACCUUUUUUUUUUUGUUGUUGUUGUUACUGCUUUUAAUAUCUAUUCUUAUGUUGUUUUCAAAUUUUCCGUUGUGUUGGUCAAUCUACUAGUCCAUCUCUUAUGACAAAAGAUAAUUUGUCAUGUUUCUAGAGAACCUAAGGGUAUGAUAGGAUUAAAUUUACCCAUUAAUUGCUAGAGCUUGCUGCUUAUUUGAUCUCAGUGAUGUUUCCUCUACUAAGACUUGUUCUACUUGAUUGAAGCAAUAUGAUAUACUUUUUUGUUGUAAUAAAAAGUUGUUUAUGUUCUUUUCAUGCAA